CGCUCAACAGGCCAUCGCACCACAAUGUUUGUUUCUAUUUCAAUCAUUUUAGUCAGUCUCAUGUGCAUAGCAAACGCCCAGUCGUCAAAUAAAUUCGAAGCAACAUUGGGCUGCUUGCAGUACAACACCAACCAUGGCUACAAGCAUACACAUCCGUAUUAUCCCACGAGCCAGUUCCGACACGUGAACGUCACCUUCGAUGGUAUCAAAGUGUUUCGAAUGGGCGUUCUGGGUCACAACGAUGGUCACAUUCGCUUGUCGCCAACCAUGUUCCCGUACGAUAAUACCGAAAUGAAUGAAAUUGUUCUAUCCGGAUGGGGCAACACGAAAACAGUUGUUCGUCGCUACACUCGAACCUCACCCGAAGAACAAAUUAGUGAGAUUGUACUGAAGGAACAAUCGAGCAUCGGAAUGCUGUCGUACUUUCAGCCGUUUAUGUUCACCAUGGCAGUGCAUCCAGGCGGAUUGGUGCAGCUCACGAGGGAUGAAGAUUCGGCGCCAUUUCUGGAGUUUAGUGACCGGAAACUGUCUGAAAAAUAUAUAGGAUUUUGCAAUUGGGACGUCCCGCUGGUGUUUUUCUACGAUUGUCCACUGGAAGUGGAUCAGAGGACAUGUGACGGAAUUGUGUUUAGCAAGUAGUGGUUCGACAUUAGUGAUUUUUAAUACAUUGUGUA